CCUCCUUGCCCAAAAUUGUAGCGUGACCUCUACUGCAGUUGAAAAAUACUUGUGAGCGGAGGUUGGAGCCGUCGAUUUCUGACCAUAUAACCCAUCUCUGCAAAGGAUACGAUGACAAUUUGAAUGAGAAACCCCUUCAUUUUGUGCACAGCCAUCGCAAGAAGGGCUUAUGUGCUCCUCGUCGCUUGAUCUCCGACUCGGGGUGCUCAGUGUUGUCGGGGAAGAGUCCGUUUUAGCUGCACUGCAUCAACAUGGGUGUGAUCGGUGUGCAGCUGGUGGUUACCAUGGUAAUGGCCAGUGUAAUUCAGAAAAUCAUACCUCAUUAUUCAUUUGCAAGAUGGCUACUCUGCAGUGGCAGUCUGCGUUGGUAUCAGCACCCCACGGAAGAUGAGUUGAGGAGCUUAGCUGGGAAACAAAAAGGACAGAAGAGGAAAGACAGAAAGUACAAUGGUCACAUAGACAAUAAGCCACUAACGGUUCCCAAGGACAUAGACUUACAGCUGGAGACGAAAUGCAUCACGGAAGUGGACACAUUAGCAUUGCACUACUUCCCAGAGUUCCAGUGGCUGGUGGAUUUCACAGUAGCGGCAACUGUGGUCUAUCUGAUAACAGAACUCUACUACGGUGUGGCUCAGGCCUCAGGAGAGAUGAACAUCAGCGUGGUCUGGUGCCUGCUAGUGCUCGCUUUUGUCAUUAAGACCCUUUUCUCUCUAACGGCCCACUACUUCAAGCUGGAGGAAGGAGGCGAGCGUUCACUUUGCAUUACCUUUGCUUUCUUCUUUUUUGUCAAAGCCAUGGCCAUUCUCAUCGUCACUGAAAACUACCUAGAGUUUGGUCUGGAGACAGGUUUUGCAAACUUCUCUGACAGUGCGCUACAGUUUCUGGAGCACCAGGGCUUAGAGUCCCAGGGUCCCAUAUCUAAACUCACCUUCAAACUGAUCCUGGCCCUGCUCUGCUCCUUGAUUGGAGCAUUUCUAACUUUCCCUGGUCUACGCUUGGCCCAGAUGCACCUAGAUGCACUCAAUCUGACCACAGCUAAAUUUACACAGACUUUGCUUCAUAUCAACUUCCUGUCCCCUCUUAUCAUGGUCCUGCUGUGGGUGAAGCCCAUUACCAAGGACUACUUAAUGAACCCUACCCUGGACAAGGAGAGUGUGCCUUUGAUGACUGAGCAGACGUACGAUACGUUGCGCUUAUGGACCAUCAUACUGCUGUGUAUACUCCGGCUCGCUAUGAUGAGACAUCAUUUGCAGGCCUACCUCAACCUGGCCCAGAAGGGUGUGGACCAGAUGAAGAAGGAGGCAGGACGGAUAAGUACCGUUGACCUGCAGAAGAUGGUUGCACGUGUUUUUUAUUACUUGUGUGUAAUCGCACUACAGUAUGUGGCACCACUGGUGAUGCUCCUACAUACAACUUUGCUGCUAAAAACCUUAGGUGGACACUCCUGGUGGGUCUAUCCCGAAGAAGACCUGCCUUGCACCCAUGAAAUGAACUCUGACUCUGUGAUGGGGGUGGCUCCAAUAGCAGCCCCGGCAACAGCUACGGUGGUAGAAACAGGAGCCCGGGCGUCAGUAGCCCAGCUGUCAAUGGCCCUGGGAGGCCUGCGGACUGUCUUCAGCCCCUUGCUUUUCCGGGGCCUCUUCUCCUUCUUUACUUGGUGGAUUGCUGCCUGUCUCUUCUCCACCUCCCUCUUUGGUCUCUUUUACCAUCAGUAUCUCAUGGCGGCAUAGCAUCAACAACCCAGCAGUGGCAGCCAGACCCACACAGGGCUACUGUGUGUAUGGCCUGAUCAGAAAGGACUGAGCGAGGACAACAGAGGCCUAUUGAUGACUCUGCUCCACAACUCCUCCUUUCCCUCCUCCCUCUGACCACCUCACAAUGAUUGACCAUAUCAUCAGAGCUCCUGGUUCAACUUCCAGUGCUUCCUCCACAGAUGACUCUGUGAACUGUUGUCAUUGUUUUUACUACUACGACCACUACCUUUUUAUUUGGAGAGAGAAGAUUUAUAAAGCUUAAUAACAGACAGACUGAAAGUAUGAGUUAGAAGAAUAUUAAUCAGUGUCUGUGUAUUGGCAAAGUAAUGAGAGACAGGUCCAGUUUCUGAUUACAAUUAAUUGUACAUGUGGUGUGGCAGUUCUGCACAGUACCCCCAGUUUUAGGGAGGCCAGUAGUGAGAGUUUAAUUGAUGUUCCUUUUUAAUACGUUUUCACAACUGGUCAUAUGUAAUCCAUCAACAUCCUCAGAUUCAUGAUGUCAUCACAUCUUUUACUGAGUCCUAAAUGCAGCCUCUUACAGACUCCUUUUUAACUAGUAUUGGAUACGAAUUACAUCACCGACUUAUCCAGGAAAAAAACUUCUGGAGUUACUCUCCAUGACUGGAUGGAUACAUGCUGUUAAGUUUUAUUGGUUGGUACUUAUAUGCAGGGCCCUGACAUAAAGAGUCAUGCAACUAUCUAUAUUCCAGUCUGUAUCACAGUCCAUGAUAGUUCUAAUUUCCCACAGUGACGCAUUGUAAAGAAGCUGCAUUUAGAUCACAGAAUAUCAUUGAAUCUGGAGAUCUUCAUGGAGGCUUCAUAUUAGCCUAAAAUCACUUUGUUUUUUCCCCUUGUUUUCUUAAGUUUUGAGGUAACUGAUAAAUGCCAUACUUGUGCCCCAAUGUGUGUCUUUUGAGCACACUUAAAAUAUGUGUUCAAGGGAAAUAGCUUCUUAAUGUCUAAAUUCCAUUUCUACGGACUACAAAAGUUUCUGAAUGAGUCUUAAAAUAUAUGCGGCAAGGACCAACGUGUCUCAGUUUGUAGGAGGAGGAGGAGCGAGGAGCAGCCGGUGGAUAUUCCUUGACUGGCUGGUUGGGUAAAGCCGUCAUGUCGCUAACCAGGGUUAGACCGUGGACAACUGAAGAAGAGUUGUACCUGCAGAGGAGGAGGAAGAGAUGGGAGACAUCUCACUGACUUGAAGCUGAUGUAUUUAAAUGUGUCUAAUUGAACUUGCCAUCAAGGACAAACUUAGUUUUUUAAAAGAAAAGGCUUUCCAGCAGAUUUGUGAUGUUUCAUUUGCAUUGUGACCUCCCUGGUCUUACCUGAGCCAUUUUAGAAGCUAUGAGAGAAUUUUAAGCUCUUUUUUUUUGAGCAGCAGCAAUGAUUUUAAAGGGAGGACAACACUUAGGGCUCAGUCAAGGUAUGUGCUUGUGUCCGUGUGUCUGUCUGCAUGUAUAGGAUCUCUGCUGUAGGUCAGCUGUAAUCUGAAAGGGCAUUGUGAUCAAGAGGAGAUGAUGUCAACUACUGUUGAUAGGCUACCGCCUUCAUGUUCUGCUUUCCCUUUUUUUUUUUUUCUUCACUUUUACCCAUCCAUAGCUUUUGAGAACAAUCUUUUGUUUGUUUUUAUUAAUUUUCUAACGGAUCAAAUUGUGAAUUUAUAAGUUUUGAUUUUUAAAAUGGUGCCAAGUGAGUCUGUUCCCCUGUACUGAUGUCUGUAGAUUUGGUGUCUGCUAGUGUUUGAAACUACAACUGGACUACAACUCUGCGGCCUUCUGUUUUCUGUAGAUCCAUCUCGAUGAAGCUGGAAUCACAAGCUCUGGUUCACAACAGGACAUAACAGUAUUUACAGUGUCUUUGCACACUGUAAAUCUUUGAUGGGUAAAUGUACGCACAAACAGUCAUUGUGCUCAUGAAGCACUGGCCCAACAUGAUUGUCCAGUUUCUUCAGGAAUGUAGGGUACGUGAUGCCAGAUUGAUUACAGAUCACGCAAUCUGGAGGUUCUCUGGCAUUUGAUUUUGUCAUUACAUUUAUUAUAUCAUAGAGUUGUAAUUUAUGAAUUCCAGCUCUGUGAGUUUUGUACAGAAAACAUUUUACAAAGUCGAGCAGCACCAUAUCACAUUUUUAAGCUCCUGAUUUCGAAAGUCUUAGCUUUAGUUUUGUGUGUUUGAAAUGAUGGGGAAUAUGCACAUAAUGAAUGUAUCAAUCCUGCCUAAUUUCUAGAUUGUUUUCAUACAAAUGAUUUGUAUGGUGAGUUGAUUUAACCCCACCCCACCCCCACGCCAUGCUCUUCCUGAACUCAUUACUAGUCUACUACCAUCUGUUAAAUCUACCUUUCAAACAAAAUCUAAUUUGUCCUAAUGACUGUUUUUAUUGAUUGACUUAUCUUUGUUUUUGUAUUUAUUACACAUGUCGAGGCCUGUAAACAUUUCUAAUUUUAACAGCAAACUCUUUAUUUUGUUAUUGGAAUGCAUGGUGGCUCACGUCAGUUUUGAAAAUGUGUUUGACAAAUCAGUUACAGAUUAACCUUCUUUUUUUUUAAUGGUCCGGUCCGUUAAGUAGCUGGGAUAAUCAGAAUUCAGUGGCCUAAUGAGGCAUUGUUUCUUCUGUUUGUUACCACUCGAAGUGUUUAUUAUUCAUUGUUGGGUUCACGAAGUAAAUUACACACAUUGUUGUUCUUUCAUGUAUUUAUUUCUGCUUUAGAUUUUGUCUUAAAUAAAUUAUGUUCUUUA